UUGCUUUUAUUUUGAAAGGAAGGUUGCCGAUUCUCCAGUACAGCAGAGAUCCGCCUCUCUGGAUCAGCAGCGCAUCCGAGCCGUAAAGUGUCUCGCGAACCCCCAAAAGUUUCAGCUUUUCCAUUAAUGCCGUGAAAAUGUCAAGAUGCACUCCAGCGACCGCACGUCUGAAGUCCAGCCACAUCUUAGAGGGGAAUUGUUUCCUAUUAUAAGAUGUCCUAAUAUGAUUUAUAGGAGGAACAAAAAUAGAUGUAGGCCUCCUGAUCUCAAACUAUUCUGAGCCAAACUAUAACUGCUAAAAAAAAACAACUAAAUUACUAUUUUUGCUAUAUAUUUACGCUCCAGAAUGUCAUUAUCAUAUAGCCCUUGAGGAGAUAAUCAUUCAUGACUAUGGGAUUUACGUAUAUAAAUCUCAUGUCACGCCCCUUCACUUAUUCAUCAACAACAUAACAAAUAAGACAGCAAAGCUCAAGCGGUCACUUUUACGCACGUAAAUUAUUCCUGUGCCAAAUAAAGAAACUUGUGACAGCUGUAGAUCUGCACUGAGAAACCUGAGACAGGAACUCUGAAAGGCCCAAUCCCGGAAUUCCCAGAGACCCCUAAACUCUUCAGCAGACCACCACACACACACACACACACACACACGAGCAGACGGAAGAGGCAGACUCGAGGCAGACGAACUAAUAUGCGGUAUACUAUCUUAUGGUUGCGUUGUGGACGUUGCUAUGUUUGAACUAUGUGUAUAUGACAGCCGCGCAGAAUGAUAACGACAAUUUGAAAAAUGUCCCCACAGAGGAGCUCAUGCCGCUUACAACUGCGUAUGGAUUGGCUCUGGACCAUUACGCAGCAGAGAGGUGGACUGAAUCCAUCGAAUAUUUGGAAUUGAGUUUGCGUUUGCGUCGGCUUCUUAAAGACAGUGUGAUGUACUGCGUGCUGCACUGUAACAGAACCAACCAUGAAGAACCGUCGACGGAAAACCAGGACCUCCAAGUCGACUGGCGCGUGAUGAUGAGAGCGUCCUGCCAGAAGAAGUGCAGAGGGCAUCUCCCCGCGUUGCAGCUCCCUCCUCCCGGCAGAGAGAUCCUGGAAGAUUUCAGCAGAAGGUCGCCCUACCGAUACCUGCACUUCGCUUACUCCAGGUUGAAUGACCUGCAGAGGGCCGUCCCGUGUGCCUACACCUACCUCCAGAAGAACCCCGGGGACCAGGAGAUGCACCAGCUGAUGGAGGAGUAUAAGAGCCAGUACGACCUGAGUGGCUACCUCACCGACCACGAAGAACAACCCUACGAGGUCUCGUUUCUGAGAGGAGUGAAACUCAUCAAUUCAGGGGACUACAGCAGCAGUAUUGACCACACGGAGGCCGCUCUGAGACUCUACCUCCACGAGUAUGACCUCUGUCAGGCAGACUGUGAAGGGCUCCAUCAACUUUCACCACACACCGACUUCUACACAGCCAUCGCAGAUAUUUAUGUUGGCGCAUUACACUGUAAGGUGAAGUGUGAAGAGAACUUGAGGCCUAACGUCGGUGGUUAUUUCGUGGACAAGUUUGUGCCCACGAUAUACCACUACCUCCAGUAUGCCUAUUAUAAGUUGAACGACGGCCGCAGUGCGUCGCCCUGUGCUUACAGCUACUUCCUGUUUGAACCAGAGGACCAGGUCAUGAAGCAGAACCUGCAGUAUUAUAGAGCCUACAGCGAGCAGUGGGGCCUUCAGCCCGGCCACUUCACACCCAGGAUGGAGGCUGUAAGGCACUACAACCACACGGUCACUCUAAAGCAGAUGCUGACAUCUGCAGAGAAGUACUUCAAGUUGAUCGACGAGGAAGCGACACCUUUAUCCUCAGAGUCUCCCGAUGCCGAGUUUGAAGGGAUGGGAGACUACGAGGAGUCCAUCUACGCUGACUGGAGACAGCCAAAGGGCAAAGGAGACGCGGGGGAGUCAAACGUCUGAAUAGAAUUUUAUAUAAAUUGCAGAUCUGAAAAAUGUGAGGGAUUAAUCAGUCGGUAGCAUCAGAGAC